AUGCCACAGUUAAUAAAUCGACUUUCAUCUAUAGAAUCCUAUCUUUUCCAUCUGCAACAGAAAAAAGCUGCUCUUCGUUUGGUUGCUGUGGAAAAAAUGCUAAAGAAAUCACAGCAAUCAUGUCUUGAAACGAGCUUUGCUGAUAUUCAAAUUCAUUCCGAAAACGUUACUUUCGAGGCACAUGCACUGUGCCUUGGUUCAAAAUUACAGUGCUCAAGUACCAAUUUGCGCGUUUUAAAAAUGUUUUUGCGCGCUUGUAAACAUCAAUUUGCGUCAUUGAUCAUUUCAACUCGCGUAUUAACUUACUAUAUGCUCAGUCACUGGGAAAAAAUAUGUUCGAGAAUGCCGAUGGAUCUUGAUAUGACAGAUCCCAAGCUUCCUGAACGAAUGGAUCAGCUAGAGAAGACUAUCAAUGCUAGCACUACACCUGAAAAAAAAUCUAAAGUUGCUAAGUGCUGUUGCUUGCUGCUAGAAAAGCUGCGAUUAAUGUUCGUACUGGUCAGGAUUGGCCUAAAAAAACUCAAGGAUAAUCUCGAAUGGAAUAUUUUUGAAAAACAAACCAACAAAGUAGCCUUUUAA